CGCUCAAUAAAGUUUCUUUCUAUAUUCCUUUCAUAAAUGCAAUUUGUAUAUGUUGAAGACUGUUAACAUUGUGUUCAAGUGGAUUGUAUUCAAAACAUUAAAAUAAGUCAUGCUCCAGUUAUUUAAAGGAAGCAAGACCUUUCAUCAAUCAAACAAUCAAAGUCUGGUCUACUUUUGUGAACGUUUAGAAAUAAAAACAGUCAUUUUUGCUAUUAAAAGUCACUAAUUACACGAUCAGGAUGGUUUUAUAAUGGAACCGAGAUAUUUUGUCCAUCAAACAAUUGAAGUAAUAAACUAAAUACUAGAAGGAAACGCGUUUGAAAUCUGUACCUUUUUGUUUUAAGGGCAUGCUACUCUAGAGCAAAUUAUCAAACUGGCUGAUUUUGAAAAGGAACUGAGAUCGUAUGCCUAUCUUACAUCUGACACAGUUUGGUGAACAUCCAAAUAUAGAUAAGGCGCUACAGUGCACACAAGCUUAAAAUCGGCUAUUUUUGCCAUUUCAAAGACGCCAGUCAUUUGAUCCCAACGGUUUUCAAAAGAAAGAAAGAUUUUUCGUCUAUCUAACACCUGACCUAGUUUUGUGAACAUCGAAAACUAAACGAAGGGGCUGGAGUUGCACACAAGACUAAAAUCAGUAAUUUUCGCAAUUCCAGAGACCAUAACUCCGGCGCCCUUACUCUGAUUUGGUUUAUUUUCGAAAGAAACCGAUGCCGUUUUAUAGAUACAAGUUAUGCGCAAGUUUGAUCAGAAUAAAGAAAGUGAGCGUGCUAGCGUGACACAGUUUAAAUAUGGACAGGCGGACUGACGGACGAACAACAGACAAAAGACAAUACUAAAAGCGCUCAGAUGAGCUAAAAAGAGGUUGUUACCUCAAAGAAAUAGGAACGUGUUAUUUUUACAAUAAGCUAUGUAAUUACCUAGGGCAGUCAUUUGAAAUGAGUCACGAUAAACAGUACCAGUUUAUUUUCAUAGUAUAGGUCUUCAUCUUAUAAAUACAUACCACACUCCAUUAUUUUGACAAGACUAAGUAAUUUUGAAGUAAUACAAUAACAGACUUCAGUUUAAUAUUUAUUGGUUGAAAGCUAAAAUAUAUAUUCAAGGUACACCAUUGAAUCCUUUCUCACAAUCAAUUGAGACCUGUUCCAUAAUCAAGUAGAAAUAAGAUCAAAACUAACAUAAGCUUUAUUUUGAUUUGAGAUUUUUCUAAAAUGUAUUUAAUUCGUGUGCAUUUGAGAGCACUUCAUGUAUAAAAUGUUGUUGAUAAUAGUAUUUAUGAUAAUUGCAGUUAACCCGUGGACAGAUAGUUUUCAAUGUAUUUACUUCAAAUAAAAUGUUAGCCGAAACGUUUCUAUAAACAGAACAAGUCGGUGAAAAAACAUAAUUUAUUCUUUACCUCAUGACAAAACAUUCCUCUUGUUUAACUAAUUAAACGUGCAGAAUAGAAUUUAAGUGAUUCUCUUAUGUGUAUUUGUGAACAUUCUUUAAUAAAUAUGUGAAUGCCUAGAAAAUAGUUCGUACAUAAAUUUAUAACGCGGGAUUUUAACAAUUUUCUCACCGUGAUGGCGGGUACGGGCUCGGGUUCGGGGCAGGCUUUCCGGCGAUUAACAAGAAUUGGCAGUAUAACACUGGACCAUCCGCCUUUGCUGAACCUUCAGGAAACCCUAGGCGAGUUACUCCUGUCAAACAUGGAGGAUUUUGAGGACAAGCUAUUUGACUACCUAUGUGACAGCAGGGAACUACUCAGCAUGGACAAAUUCAAAAAGAUCUUAAACGAGUCCGGGUUACGAAAUGAUGAUCCAAGGCUGAAGGAGAUGGUAGAAAAUUUUCACGAAGUUGAACAGAAACAGCUGCACGAUGAGCACGAGCUACGUGGUACCAUCACAAGAGAAACAUUCAAAGAAUGUGUAACAGACAAUAUAGUGCUAAUCUCACGUGCGUUGAAGAACCAGUUCAUCAUACCAGAAUGGACAUCUUUUACACAGCAUAUCAAAGAAAUGUACGAAGACUGUAAAACCAAUACAAGUGGAACGCCUGCUUCAUAUAUUCCGCAACUGGCAAGAGUCGAUCCAAAGUACUGGGGUAUUUCAGUCUGUACAAUUGAUGGACAAAGAUAUUCAUUAGGAGACACAAAGGUGCCAUUCAGCUUGCAGUCCAUUGUGAAGCCGUUGUCAUACGCACUGGUCCUCAAUGACCUUACUCCUGAAGUCGUCCAUAAGCAUGUAGGCCAGGAACCAAGCGGAAAAUCUUUUAAUGAGCUGACAUUGGAUUAUGAACAUAAACCGCAUAAUCCUAUGAUCAAUGCUGGCGCUAUUGUUGUAUCCUCCCUGCUCAAGAAAGAAAUGAAUAUUGCCGACAGAUUUGAUUAUCAGCCCUCCAUCGAGGAAGAGAGGAAAGUAACACUCAAUAAGACAAUGGGUCAGAUGAAACGUCUUACGGGAGGAGAAUACUUGGGCUUCAACAAUUCAGUAUAUUUGUCAGAGAGAGCAACUGCAGACAGAAACUUUGCCUUAGGGUAUUAUAUGAGAGAAAACAAGUGUUUUCCUGAAGGUGUCGACCUCCACGAAGUGCUUGAAUUCUACUUCCAGUUGUGUUCAAUUGAGGUUACUGCGGAGUCCGGGUCUGUUAUUGCAGCAACUCUCGCUAAUGGUGGUAUCUGUCCUAUGACUGGCGAGAAGAUAUUGUCAGCCGAGGCUGUGAGGAACACUCUUUCCCUCAUGCAUUCGUGCGGAAUGUACGAUUACUCCGGACAGUUUGCUUUCAAGGUUGGUCUUCCUGCAAAGUCUGGAGUGGCUGGAGGGGUAAUGUUAGUUGUCCCGAACGUGAUGGGUAUCUUUCUCUGGUCUCCGCCUUUGGACAAGUGGGGAAAUAGCUGUAAAGGCGUACAGUUCUGUGAGAAUCUCGUUGCAAAGUUCAACUUUCACAAUUACGACAACUUGAAGCACACACAGAAAAAGAUCGACCCCCGUGGACGUGCGAUGGAGUCAAAGGCCCAAGAUGUUGUCAAUCUUCUCUUUAGUGCUUAUAAUGGUGACGUUACCGCUAUGAGAAGAUAUUCCCUACUUGGAAUGGACAUGUCAUUAGCUGAUUACGAUGGUAGGACGGCACUCCAUUUAGCCGCCGCAGAAGGUCACGAGACCAUUGUUAAAUUUCUACUGGAAAAAUGCAAUGUUUCGCCGUACGUUGAAGACAGAUGGAACUGCACACCAUUAGAGGACGCUAGGAAAUUUGGUCAUGCAGAAAUCGCUGCCAUUUUGGAGAAGUACAUGUCGUCACAUCCGGAACGUGAUGAUUAUGAGAUGUCUAGAAAUAUGAAGAACCUCAGCUCUGACUGAACUGUGUGUUUUUGUUUCACAAGACUAUUUAAGAAGCUAAAGAGUUAAUAUAUUUAUUCUAAGAAUGUACCAUUGUUCUGAUCUUUAUGAACAGGUGUUUGUCAGAUGCAGUGUUACGUACAAGAGGUAAACCAUGGGUCCUGCCGGACUUCGACAAAACCUACGAUUGAUGAGAAAGGUCAGAUGUAGCUGAAGCGGAAACAGACCUUUAAGUGUUUAUUUCUUCAAAGUUUUGAAGAUGACUUUGUAUCUUAGCAACAAAUCACCUAGAACGACGCUGUCCUGAAAUGUCAGAAACUAGGAAGUGUUGUUUUACUGUUUGGUAAAUUGUUUUACUGUUUGGUAAACUGUGUUGCGCCUGUGUUAGAGUAGUGGUGUAUAAAAUUACAGAAAUAGUACUGUAAUUUUGUGAUACAAAUUAUAUCUUCAUUGAAAUGACAAUUAAUUGCGUUAAUAGUGCUUUGUAUGAUAGAUAUUUGUCACGUAAAAAAUGGGGAUCCCCUCUGCAGAGAUGAGUUUCGAGCCCGAAAUUUCAUUCUUUUGUAUUCAUUUUUGUUGAAUAUUAUAUUGGCAGAUAUACAAACGUGGUAUUUUAUUUUUUAUUUCUAUCAGUUACAAAUACAAAGGAAGACAAUGUUGUUGAACCAUAUUUUCACAAAAUACUUCCAUCACACUUGUGAAGAAUGUACGAUCAUAUUCUCUGCAUAGGUGAAGAAUGGGGUAUAAUUUUUCGCACACAAACCGAAUACACUCUCCUCUGUUUCUGUGUAAUUUGUGAUCGAUAUCUUUUCAUGCUUAUAGGUAAUACAUAUUGUAAUAACACAGUUUCAUAAAUUCAGCAAUUAUAAAAAAUAACGGGUACUUUGAUUUUCUACAUCCUAUAUCUAAUGCUCAUUAUGUGAGGGUUUAUUUUUGCUGUCUGAUGAGACAACAUGCAUCGGCUAAGUAUAAUGUAAUUUUGUGGUCCAUGAUGAGAUUCAGUUUUAGGCCCUUAGUCCUAUAAUAGAUAUCUAUAUAUCCUAUAUAGAAUCAGUUUGUAGUUUAGCAGAGGCCCCGUUUCAACAAAUAUGGAACUUUCUACAGAUACUUUGAUUUUAAAUAACCAUAACCUAGUACUGAUCUUCAAUAUGGCCAAUACAACAAUGACCAUGAACCAACAUCACAACAGCCCUUGAAUAAUUUUUUAUCAAAAUCAACCCAUAGAAUGAUAAAAGCCUAUGAAUUCUUAAAAGUGCAUUGAUUUUGAUGUUAUUUUACACUUGCGUGUUGUUUAAAAUACAAAUUGGUUCGCAGUUUCAGUAUACAUGUACCAGAUCCAUACGUGAAUUAUAACUUCGACUUUAAUAUCAAAAUUUAACUUAAACUGUACUACAUUUCACUCCACGAAGUGCAAAAUAAAUAUGUUCAAACUAAAAAUAGUCUAAAGUAAACCAUUACAAUAAAUAUUUACACGGUCAAAAUUACUAUUUCUAUAUGCUUUAAUCUUGAUAUCUUCGUCGGUAAAAUUCAUUGACAUAUUUUUAUGUAAAACAGCGCUGUAAUGCAUAUUAUAAAAAAAGUAGCACCUUCGCCAAUAAAUAUAUACUAAUCCGCUUAGUCUUUAACCCAUUGACUAAAAAUUUCAAUAUACUUAAUACAUACCCAUAGUUUUAACCCUACAUCGUGAAAGGAAUAUUUAUGUAAAUGUUACUGAUACAUCAACAACACACCAUUGUAAUAAAUAAGAUAACUCUAUCUUUACUAAAACAUUUUUAACGAAAGUUGCGUUUGUAUUUAUAUUUACUAAAUAAAGCAACUAUAAACUCCACAAAAUACAAUUGAAACUCGUUACCUCGAAUUCCAAAGGAUCGAGGAGCGUUUCAGUUUUAGGAAACCGAAAUUCAACUUAAAAUAGUAUUUUAUGCACGUGUUUUCAAGACGGAACUUAAAAAUACUCUCGAGAUAGCCCGAAUUUUUAGUUAAGCCAGUUCAAGAUGUCGAGUAAAUGAUCAAAUACAAUACAGUGGUUGGUUGAAUGAUAAUAAAUGUAAUAUAAAGCAAACCAGUUAUCAAUUGAAAGAUCGUCUUGUAUAAGAAUUAAUCGAAUAUUAAUUUAUUCAAUUACACAAAAAGUAUUCAAGCUAAGUUCAUAAAACCUAAUAUGUGGAUAAAGGGCAAUAUUUAGGUUAUGAACGUAUGUCUGUAGGUCAUAGAUCAAGGUCAUUGAAGGUCAAAUAAAAAUGUUUCUGCUGAAUAACUGUUAUAUUUAUUGAUGGAUUAUCUUGGUGUUACACAUAAAUGAUCCUCAUGAUUAGACAAUUUGUCAACUCAUGAUCUAUGCUUGUUGAUUAAAGGUCAAUGUAACAGUUUUAUGUAAAAUAAAAUUUGUUUCUAAUCCCUAAGUUUAAUUGUAUUGCAGGUUUUUUUAUCACAACACAGAAAUGACCCCCACGAUUAGACUAUGUGGCACGCACAUGACCCAUGGUUGUCGGUCAAAGGUCAAUGUCACUACAGAAGGUCAAGUAAUAUUGUUGCAGCUCUAUAACGUUUAUGUGUAUAAAUGAAUAACUAAGUACUGACUGCACACAAAUGUAUGUUCCAAAUGAUGAGACAAUGUAUUGUGUACAUGAUCUAUACUUAUAGGUCAAGGUCACUAUUGAAAUUUAUGUAAAAUAAUUUGUUUCUUAGCUCCCUAAUGCCUUGAAGCCUUUUUAGUCCUAAGACUGUUGCCAACAACGAACACUAACAAAGUUUUUCACCCGUAAGGGACUUCUGUAUUACCACUGCAAUACUCGGUUACUUGUGCCGGCCGCAGGCCGGUAUUGAUUUCACCUUUACUUCCUGUAAAUAUCUGGGACGAAGGUCAUUUAACAGCUGUUUAAAACUGUUCAUUUUGAUUGGUGGAUGAAAAAUUCCACAGGUUUUCGAAUGGAAUGAGAUAAUUUAUUCUUAAGGGGUGUUCAGGUGCUCUGAGCUGUAUUGUUAGCAGGUGCUCUGAGCUGUAUUGUUAGACAGUAUAAUACCGGCGUUGCAAGACUUCUGUGGAAAGAGCUUACGUCAUAAACAUGAAUCCCAUCGGUAGUGAAACUGUGGCAAAGUACGACUACAAACCUACCACUCUGAUACGGAGUGAUCUCCCGUAAACGAUUUACAUUCAACUCGUCCCCUAGUCAACUCGUCCCCCAGUCAGCUCCUCCCCAUUUUGGUCAUUUCGUAUCCCUUUACGAUUUCAAAACCCUCCUUUUUAGUCCUUUUUUGUCAAAGUUUCCCAGCUUAUGAUUAAUAUAAUUAUGAUGUAAAAUAUGUGUUCUGUAAAAUAUGUUCUACAUCAAAAACAUGGACAUUUUGCUUUAAAAACUACAUUUUGUUUGGCUUAAUAAAUACCCGAUCGUAUGUAAAAGUGCAGAGUGCAUGCACGUUUCGAAGCUUAAAGUGUGCAUUGACUAAUGUGGCCGUGUAUCUUUCUUUAAAGAUACUUCUUGUUCUAAUCUGUUAUUUAAAUUCCUUGAGAAAUAUACAGUCAUAAUCGUAACCUGUCAUAUUAUGUUUCUGUACGUAACAUGAUCAUCCUAAAAACUUGCAAAAAUAUUCAUAAACUCGAAACGUUUUCUAAAGGAUGAUUUAUAACAUUAUUAAAUAUAUAUUUGUGCUGAAAAAAGCAAACAUUUUUGAUGGCUUCCUUUCUUUUACAUCUUCGCAUAUACAUUAAUAUU